UGGCGCUUGCACUUCUCUGUUUCUUCAUUCAGAUCUCACUCUCUCUGCACCCACAAAUAAUUUCAUUCUCUCUCUCUUGCAAUCCCAAAUCUCAAUCUGAACAAAACCUUCAAAACCUCAUCACAGAUUGAAUUCCUCAUUCAUUCAAUCUGAUGAUGGCAGCCCCAAAUCAACCACCCCCACCCCCCUUCGACAUGCACGCCUUCUUCAACCCAACACAACCUUCUAACCCUAACCCUAACCCUAACCCUAACCCUAACCCUUCUUCGUCCUCUUUCCCCUUCCACCACCACUUCCCCCCCUUCGACCACCACCACCCUCUCCACCAGCAGCACCGUUCCCUCUCCUUCCCCACUCCCCCUCUCCAGCCCCAACCCAUCCCUCCCCCUUCCACUCCCAACGCCGGCGCUCGCCUCAUGGCACUUCUCAGCAACCCCUCCCCUCCGCCGCCGCAACAACCGCCGCCAUCCGCCACUCCUCCCUUCUCUGAUUUCUCCAAUUCCCCCCUCGUUCCCCCCUCUGCCGGCAUUCUUGCCGCCGCCAAUGCCGCUGCCGCCGCGUUGACGCGGCUCCCGAGCGGUAAGGUUCCCAAAGGGAGGCACUUGGUCGGAGAACACGUGGUGUAUGACGUGGAUGUUAGGUUGCCCGGUGAGGUGCAGCCUCAGCUUGAGGUUGCUCCGAUUACGAAAUACGGGUCGGAUCCUAACCCGGUUUUGGGGCGACAGAUUGCUGUGAAUAAGUCGUAUAUAUGUUAUGGGUUGAAACAGGGGAACAUUAGAGUGCUAAACAUUCACACUGCUGUGAGGUCUUUGCUCAGAGGCCACACUCAGAGGGUCACAGACUUAGCAUUCUUUGCUGAAGAUGUUCAUCUAUUGGCCAGUGUUGGCACAGAUGGCCGUGUCUAUGUGUGGAAGAUCUCUGAAGGUCCAGAUGAUGAAGAUAAACCUCAAAUUACUGCAAAUAUUGUUAUUGCUAUUCACAUUGUGGGAGAGGAGAAAGUUGAACAUCCUCAAAUUUGCUGGCACUGCCACAAACAAGAGAUUUUGAUAGUUGGUAUUGGGAAACAUGUUCUGAGAAUUGACACCACAAAAGUUGGAAAUGGUGAAGCCUCUGUGGCAGAGGAUCCUCUGAGAUGUCCUGUGGACAAGCUCAUUGAUGGGGUUCAGCUUGUAGGCACACAUGAUGGGGAGGUGACUGACUUGUCAAUGUGCCAAUGGAUGACCAAUCGAUUAGUAUCUGCAUCACAGGAUGGCACGAUAAAAAUUUGGGAAGAUCGCAAGACACAACCACUUGCAAUAUUGAGACCUCAUGAUGGACAUCCUGUUUUUUCUGCAACAUUUUUUACUGCUCCACACCAGCCUGAUCAUAUUGUCCUUAUCACAGCUGGACCACAAAAUCGAGAAGUGAAGCUUUGGGUCUCAGCUAGUGAAGAAGGUUGGCUGCUCCCAAGUGACGCUGAGUCAUGGAAAUGCACUCAGACAAUGGAGUUGAAGAGUUCAGCUCAACCAUCUCCUAAGGAUGCAUUUUUUAAUCAAGUUGCCGCAUUGCCUCAUGCAGGUCUGCUUUUACUUGCAAAUGCCCAAAGGAAUGCAAUAUAUGCUGUGCAUUUAGAAUAUGGUCCUAAUCCAGAAUCAACACACAUGGAUUAUAUAGCUGAGUUUACAGUGACCAUGCCCAUUCUGAGUUUUACUGGGACAAGUGAUAUGCUACCUCAUGGUGAACAUGUUGUUCAGGUUUAUUGUGUUCAGACACAGGCUAUUCAGCAAUAUGCUUUGGAUUUAUCCCAGUGCUUGCCUCCGCCAUUGGAAAGUUUGGGACUUGAGAAGUCAGAUUCCAGUGUUUCCCGUGAUGCAAUUCCUGUUGAAGGAUUCAACUCUUUAGACUCGUCUGCAGGUAGAACAUCUGAAGUGACUUUAGCUAGUUCUGCUCCCAAAGCAUUGUUACAGGCAGGUAGUGCUGAGAAUGGACUUGUGGCUAGAUACCCUUUAAGCUCUGGCCAUAUCGAGGCACCCAUUUCUAAAGAAAUCAGCAGUUCAAAUUCUGAAGCUAGACCUGUUACAUUAGCUCCAUCUAGUAGUGAUACUGAUAUUGUUUGUGUUCCAUCUCCACCUCUUCCUUUGAGCCCAAGGUUGUCUAGGAAACUUUCUGAUUUUAGGAGUCCACAAUCAAACUUGAAUGAUCAUGUUGGUGACCAAUCUGUUAAUGACUAUUCAAUAGACAGACAGAUGGAUACCAUUCACAGGAAUUUGUCUGACCCAUUGAAUAAUGAUUCAAAGAAUGAUGAGAAGAAAGUCAAGCAGGAUGACAUUUCUAGUGUACUUAAUCCUUCUGUCAUGUUUAAACAACCAACUCAUCUGAUUACACCAUCUGAGAUUAUAAAAGCUGGUUCCUCCUCAGAGACUAAUAUAAUUGAAAGGAAGAGUGAGAGAGAAACGAAGAUCCAGGAUGUCGUUGAUGUGGGUAAUGCUGAAGUAGAAGUGAAAGUGGUGGGUGAGGCAAGAUCUAAUCAAAACGAUGAAUUUGGUCGGCAGGGGCAACAACUAAACCCAGUUUCUGAUGGUAAAGAAAAAUUAUUUUGCUCUCAAGCUUCAGAUCUUGGUAUGGAAAUGGCCCGAGAAUGUCGUGCAAUAUCUGGGGAUACCUACAUUACAGAGGAAUCUGGAAAUGUUGAUUCCAUAACAGGGGACUCAUUGGCUCAACCUCCUGAUUCCAGUGAAGAUGGACGCCGAGACUUGGCAAAAGAUGUCCAUGAAAAGGUUUCUGACUCAUCUACAUCCAUGGCAGUACAGCCGUCGCCUUCACCUAAUACUAAAGGAAAAAGACAGAAGGGUAAAAAUUCUCAAGCAUCAGGUCCAUCUUCCUCAUCUCCAAGUGCAUGUAAUUCUACUGAGUCAUCCAAUGAACCAAGUGGAAAUUCAAGCCACCCAUCUGCGGAAAAUGCUUUUCCACAAGUUCUGGCAAUGCAAGAAUCUCUCAAUCAGUUAUUGACAAUGCAAAAAGAGAUGCAGAAGCAAAUGACAAUGAUGGUUGCAGUCCCAGUGACAAAAGAAGGGAGAAGGCUUGAGGCUGCCCUAGGAAGAAACAUGGAAAAAGCUGUCAAGUCCAACACUGAUGCUUUGUGGGCUCGAAUUCAGGAGGAGAAUGUGAAAAAUGAAAAGUUGCUACGAGACCGUAUUCAGCAAGUUACAGGUUUGAUUAGUAACUUUAUGAAUAAGGAUCUCCCAGCAAUAUUGGAGAAAACAGUAAAGAAGGAAAUGGCUUCGGUUGGGCAAGCAGUUGUACGUUCAAUGUCUCCUGCUGUUGAGAAAAUAAUAUCUUCUACUAUUGUUGACUCCUUCCAGAGAGGAGUGGGUGAUAAGGCAGUGAAUCAACUUGAUAAAUCAGUUAAUGCAAAACUUGAAGCUACUGUGGCUAGGCAAAUCCAAGCACAGUUUCAGACAACUGGCAAGCAGGUGCUCCAGGAUGCACUCAAAUCCAGUUUUGAAACAUCAGUGGUUCCUGCAUUUGAGAUGUCGUGUAAAGCCAUGUUUGAGCAGGUAGAUGCUACAUUUCAAAAAGGCAUGGUUGAACAUUCAACUGCAGUGCAGCAACGGCUUGAAUCUGGGUCCUCUUCCUUGGCAAUGACUCUAAGGGAUUCGAUCAAUUCUGCAUCAUCAAUUACUCAAACCUUGGGUAGGGAAGUGCUCGAUGGCCAUAGAAAGCUAGUGGCACUUGCAGCUGCAAGAACAAACUCGGGCACAUUAAAUCCUCUACCUGUUCAGCUUAACAAUGGUCCUUUACUUCCCGAAAAGGUUGAGGUGCCCCUAGAUCCAACACAGGAGCUAGCAAGGAUGAUUUCUGAACGGAAAUAUGAGGAUGCUUUCACUGGAGCUCUACAACGAAGUGAUGUAUCCAUUGUAUCUUGGUUAUGUUCUCAGGUUGAUUUACGUGGACUUCUGUCAAUGGUUCCUCCACCUUUAAACCAAGGCGUAGUGCUUUCACUGCUGCAGCAAUUGGCUUGUGAUAUUAACAACGAUACACCUCGAAAGAUUGCGUGGAUGACUGAUGUGGCGGCUGCCAUAAAUCCCUCAGACCCCAUGAUAUCGAUACACGUGCGACCCAUCUUUGAGCAAGUCUAUCAGAUACUGAAUCAUCAACGUAGCUUGUCUACAGUGACCGGAGCUGAUCUCUCAAGUAUCCGCCUUUUAUUGCAUGUCAUCAACUCCAUGCUUAUGACAUGUAAAUGAUUUUUUUCUCAUUUCCAGAAAUGUGCAAAUUCUUCACCUUUUGAACUUCGAAUAUGAUUGGAAUUUUGUACAAAGCUGUUUCAUUGAAAGGAUCGAAAUUUGUAGAGUUAGUGUUGACAGGUAGUUCAUCUGUCAAAAUAUUCUGCAGCAACGAAAUUCGUUUUUUUCACUCAAUUCACACGCUAUUCAUAUGAAAGCCACAGUUGUAAAAUGUGUUAGUUAGUUUAGAAUUAGGUUGAAGUUAUGGAAAUCCCUUUUUUUUUAAAAAAAAAACCAUUAGGUCAUCUAUGGGUGUGUGUAACUGUUUAAUUUCAGAAUUUUCUGAUAGCCAAGAAGUAUUGUUCAAUGUUCAAGUUCUUGACUGUGUGAGCAUUUUGAAGAGCAUUUAGUGUCAUUUAUAAGUUAUGUAAUUGAAGAGCAUUUUGAUGAAUUUUUAUGGAAUAUAUUGAAGUUAAUAAAAAAUGUUUAUGAUUUUU